GUAUUUCAGAAAACGCAAAUACAAAAAUUUUUCAAAACUCAGUUAGUAAAUCAAUUUCACUAAAUGGCCAAAAACGAAACCCAACUUUGCUAAAUUAACAAAAAAAAAAAAUAAAAAUAUAUAACUCGAAAAAUUUUUCUGUCGAACGUGGCUUGAUCUCGAUAAACAAAAAUUUAAAAUUAAAACAUAAUAAAUAUAAUAUAACUUUCCUUUUUAGCGCGCAACGUGCUUACUAAGUGAAAAUAAAAAUUGAAAAAUUAAAAUAGCAAAGAAAUGUACUAGCAUUUCCAUAUUUCUACUGCAUAUUGCAUUGGCUGUCGCUAAAAAUCUAUCUUAGUGGUUCAUCGAAUUCAUUAACCUACACAUGAGUGAUCGCGCGGCUGCAUACUGACGAUCCAUUCAGGCGGUGCGAAGUUGUUAAAAAUACACCAUUAACCCAGAAUUGCCAAAGCAAAAGUUUUCGAGGAGAAAUUAAGAAUUAUACGAUAUAUAUGUAUGUUUGCUAGUUUGUACUGCUUUCAACUUUAAUUUGCAAACAAUUCAUUGGCAGUGUGGUGUGAAAUAAAUCUUAAUUACUGGUAUAAUAAAUUGUUUGUGCACUGACUUGGUUGCACAUUUGCCGUCUGGUGCCACUGCUCGUCCGUCACCUUUCUACCUCCUCGAUAUCCCCUCUCUCUCUCUCUUCCACCGCAACAAAAAUGGAUGUCGCUUGGCGUUUGCGUAUCAUGAUCUUCACAGCGCUGGCCUUGAUGUUGUUCGGCGAUUUUUACGGUUAUGGUAGUGUCAGAGGCGUUAAAUCGGAUACAAAUCAAGCGGCUGCGGCGGCGGCCGCCACCACUGGUCCGGGCAAAUUCCAACAAAGCGAUGCGGAUAUUGAAAUUGGCGAAGAUACGGAAAUCAAUGAGUUCUCUGCCGUUGCCCUUCAACGAAAGCAGAAUACGCUUAAAUCACAGUUAACAGAUGCCAUCAAGGAGUCUUGUCUGCCAAAAAUGUUGUGUGAAAUGGCUGCCAAGCAAGAUUAUAUGCUGACUGAAAAGGAGAAGGAUCUGCUGUACUUAAUAAGAUCCUCAACUAUGUCGUUGGCAAUGAACACAGCGCCGAGUAAAUGGCAUUUUGCUGCCCAUAUGGGUGAACUACUCCGUUACACAGGCGAUGAUCAGAGCGGCCCCAUGGGUUGUGCUAAUCUAUGGCCGAAUUGUCCAAUAAGUUCGAAGAAACUGAUGAAGCUAUCGCAUAAGGUGAAACUGUAGGAGUGUGCCUGCAAAAGCACGUGAACACUAAAGGAUGUGUGAGAAAUGGAAAAAGUCUAUGCAGAGUUAAACGAAAGGCUCAAGCGAAAACUCAAGGCAAAGGUGUGCAAAAAAAUGUGUAAGCAAUCAACCACUGAGUGUCAAAGUCAAAUGAAUGGAGAGCAAUUGUUGCGUACGCCUAACUUUAGUUAAUAUUUAUGUAGUGUUACAUAUAAGAAGUAAGAAAAGCUGUCAGACUAUACUCGUACGCUGUUGUAUGUGUAAAGUCAUCAAUACGCCCUUGAGGCGAACCAUUUUCAUGUGCUUAUUUAAGUGAGACUUUUAAGAAAUUUAAAAUAGUUGCUAAGGUAUAUGAAUGUUUAUGAAUUAAAAUUAAGUAAUUCUUAGUCUUUAUGUUUCUUGCGCUGCGUGAUCAAGGUGGCGCAAAAUUAAUCAUCCAAUUUUGGUUUUAAAUAAUUUUUUUACUAU